UGGGAGUUGUUGGCGAUUGAAUUGGAACUUGGAAGACGUGCAUGGUUUUUCUUUCAAUUGAUCAUGGUGGUGUGGAGCUGUUUUGCUGCCCUGUUCUUAAGCAUCACAUGCCAUCUUCCUGUUGUCUUAGGCGACACUUAUGGCGAAGAUGCUGCUGCACUUAUUGCAUUGAAGAAUGAUUUGCAGAACACCCCAGCAAGUUGGGAGAAAUAUGAUCCAUGUGGUGCACCAUGGGAUGGAAUUACCUGCAAUAAUGGCAGAGUGGUCACCUUGACAUUAGCAUCCAUGAAUCUUAAAGGCACCGUUGCUAGUGAUAUUGGCUCUCUCACUCAGUUGCAGUUCUUGGAUUUAUCAAACAAUCCUGGAAUUUCAGGUCAAAUCCCACAGAAUAUAGGGAAUCUGUUGAACUUAACAAGGCUGAUGCUUUUGACUUGCAGCUUCACUGGUCCCAUCCCCUUAACAAUUGGAAACCUCGCACAGCUGGUUUACCUUGAUCUGAAUUCAAACAAAUUAACGGGUAACAUACCUGCAUCACUGGGUCGUCUCUCCAAUCUUUAUUGGCUGGACAUUUCAAACAAUACCCUAACUGGAACCCUUCCUGUGUCAAAGGGAAAUUCGCCUGGUCUGGACAAUCUUCUGAAGGCAAAGCAUUUCCAUUUCAACAAGAACAAACUCUCAGGAUCUAUUCCAGUUGAGCUUUUCAGUUCAAGCAUGGUCCUUAUACACAUCCUAUUUGAUGAUAAUCAGUUCACUGGGCAGAUUCCAUCAACAGUUUGCCUUGUCAAGUCACUUGAAGUCCUUCGUCUUGACAGGAAUUCCCUUAAUGGAUCGGUUCCAUCCAACCUUAAUAAUCUCACAGGGAUAAUAGAGCUGAAUUUGGCUGGGAACAAGCUAACUGGAACUUUGCCUAAUUUGACUGGAGUUACAACCCUCAAUUAUUUAGAUCUGAGCAAUAAUUCUUUUGACCCGUCACCUAUACCGUCAUGGUUGACAACUAUGCAGUCACUUACAACACUUGUAAUGGAAGGUGGAGUGCUGCAAGGACCAAUACCAAGAUCAUUGUUCAGCCUUCCUUCACUUGAAAUUCUGAAGCUGAAGAAUAAUCGGAUAAAUGGCACCCUUAGUUUGGAUAAUGACACCAACCGGCAGCUAUUACUUGUGGAUUUCGAGAGCAACCAGAUAUCCAGUGUGACAGUUGGACUCGUAACUUCAUAUACUCUAAUAUUAUAUGGUAAUCCCAUCUGUGUAUCCGACCUUGCAAACACUAGAUACUGCCAGCUUCCAACUCAAGUGUCAGAUUCAUAUUCAACUAAUUUAACAAGUUGUGGGAACAUAACAUGUCCACAAGGCCAAAAGCUUAGCCCCCAGAGCUGUGAAUGUUCUUAUCCUUUUGAAGGACUUCUGAUUUUCAGAGCACCUGCAUUUCAGGACAUAUCAAACAGCAGCAGAUUUACUGGACUCGAAUACCAGCUAUGGACCAAUCUGAGUCUGGCUCCACAUUCUGUUUAUCUAUCAAAUCUUUACUUUGAUGUUAAUGACUAUCUAGUGGCACCAGUGGAUUUUUUCCCAUCAAAUGGCAUUUAUCUUAACCAGUCAGAAAUCCUAAGGAUAUCCUCAUAUCUAACCAACCAAAGUUUCAAGCCUCCAAGUGGAUUUGGGCCAUAUUAUUUUGUUUCUCUUCCUUAUAUCCAACAAGGAGCAAGUCAAGCGAAAUCCUUUAGCUCUUCAGCAAUCAUUGGAAUAGUGGUUGGUUGCUCCGUUUUGGUGAUACUACUUUUUCUACUUGGAUUUUAUGCACUUAAGUAUAGAAAACGGGCUAAAGAAGCAGCAUUAAAUCCUUUUGAAACAUGGACAAGAGUACACAGUAAAGGUCAUGGAGAUGCACCACAAGUGAAAGGAGUUAGAUGGUUCUCAUUUAAUGAUGCCAAAAAGUAUACUAAUAAUUUCUUUGAGGGCAAUGAGAUUGGAGCUGGAGGCUAUGGCAAAGUUUACAAGGGGACUCUUCCAAGUGGACAAAUUGUGGCAAUCAAAAGAGCACAAAAGGGAUCCACACAAGGUGCACAUGAGUUCAAAACAGAAAUCGAACUGCUAUCAAGAGUUCAUCACAAGAACCUAGUAAGCCUUCUAGGCUUCUGCUUUGACCAGGGAGAGCAGAUACUCAUCUAUGAAUUCAUUUCUAAUGGCACAUUGGGAGAAAGUUUGUCUGGGCGCACUGGCAUCUGGCUUGACUGGAAAAGGAGGGUUAAGAUUGCUCUCGAUUCAGCCAGGGGGCUUGCUUAUCUGCAUGAACUUGCUGAUCCACCAAUAAUCCACAGGGAUGUCAAAUCCACAAACAUUCUUCUGGAUGAAGAUCUAAAUGCUAAGGUCGCAGAUUUUGGCUUAUCAAAGCUUAUAGAUGAUGAAGGAACGGGGCAUGUUUCCACUCAAGUGAAAGGCACACUGGGGUAUUUGGAUCCUGAGUAUUAUAUGACCCAACAGCUUACAUAUAAAAGUGAUGUAUAUAGCUUUGGCGUGGUUAUGCUUGAGCUUGUAACAGCCAAGCCACCAAUACAAAGGGGAAGAUACGUUGUUCGUGAGGUGAAAGCAGCAAUUGAUAAAACCAAAGAAUUUUAUGGCCUUGAGGAGAUACUGGAUCCUACUAUCAGGGGUGAAACCAGUCUUGUAAGCUUGCAAAAGUUUGUGGGCUUGGCAUUGCAAUGUACAGAAGAACUAGCAUCUAAACGUCCAUCCAUGAAUGAAGUGGUGAAGGAAAUUGAGGCCAUAUUGCAAAAUGAACAGUUCAAUGAAAGAAGAUCAGCAUCAGCUUCUACAAAUUUAGGAAUUCCAGUGCAAGGCAUUCAUCAGCCUUAUGAUGAACAAAUUUCGGGAAAAGGCUUUAGCAGUGAUGAAUUUAAGUACAGUGGGGCAUAUGCAUUCACUUCACAUGUUGAACCAAAAUAGGACAGUUUAGUUGCCUUCUGUAAUUCUCUAUUCUUCCAUUCCAUUUCCUUCCUUUCAUAUUGUGUGCAUGAAGCAAGUUGAAUGAUAAUGAAGUGUAAUGACAAAAAGUGGUAAUUGAUUCUUUA